ACAGAGGACGGAAGUAGAAUUGGUGUCUGUGAGAGUUGCUGAUUAGGGCUCUCCCGGGAGACAGAGAACUAGAUAGAAGGAAGCCUUAUUCCUGGUACCACCUGGUGCCCAAGGUUGCUCGGACCACGAACUAUGCACCGGCUAAUUUCCAGACUUCGUGCCUUCUUUCAAAGGAAAGCAGACCCAAAGGAGGCCAGAGAAGAGCGGCGGAAGCUCUUGGAAGAUGCUACCUCGCUACAAAACAAGCAGGGAGUUGUGGCAGGGUCCUGUAGUAACUAUGACUGCAUGACUGAGCACACCCGCUCCAGUGCUGAAGUUAAGACUGGCAACAACCCUCUGAAAGCCGAACCAAACCUGCCUGCAGCUGUGGAAGAACAAAGCCCUCAUGGAUUGAACGCAGUCACAGUGGAAAAUGACCAUGAUGAAGAACCCUCAGAAUCUCACAUGAGAAUUUUGCUUGCCUCUAUCACCUCUCUAGUGGGUGAUGCUGACUACAAUGAUCACGGACUGUACUUCUCUCUAGACAUUGCUUGUAAAGAUUUCAAACCUUAUAAUGGUGACCUGGUAGAAAUUGAAUUUUCUGAUGAGCAAGACACCCAGAGCAGAAGGGCCAUCUUGGUGAAGCCUUUGAAACAUUGCCAUUUAAAUGAGGUCCGUGUUACCAGAACAGAUGGAAGCACUGGGGUGUUGGAAGACACCAUCUUUUUCACCUUGGAUUCUCUUAAACUUCCUUCUGGAUAUGUGCCGCAACCAGAUGAUGUUGUCAAUGUGGUUGCAGUGCAGAGCAUGCAAUCCAACUAUUUCUGGAGAGCAGUUGCAAUGACCCCAUACAAGUAUUGUAGGAACCAAACCCCUGUGUGCCUUCUUCAGUGUUACUUGUAUGGGUAAUGAAGGGCCUGGUUUAAUGCAAUAGUUUGUAGAAUAGGAAUAGCAGCAGUAAGCCAAAACACAUGUAAAAUGCAUUUUUUUCUUCUUGGAAAUGCCCUGGUAAUUUUGUUGCAAGUAUGGACUAACUUUAGGAAGGUACCUGAUCUACUGGAAAACAUCCCCAAAUUUUUGUUUUUGUUUUUGUUUGUUUUUUGUUUUGUCCACAGCAAAGAAACAACACUGCAUAUUAGGUUAAAUUCUGUUUUUUUUCCAAGGUCAGAAAUCCUGCUAGUGGCUUUGUUUAUCCCUUGAGAAACAUGCAGAGGGAGGCCAACAAGUGAAUGUGUGUAAUUUAAAGUCACAGAUGCCUUCAAUUUUGAGUUCCCUUUUGCUGUGUACAGGGUUUACUUUUCCCAUGAAAUUUUUCAUUUUCCAUUAUCUACUCAGUUUGCUAAAUUUAAUAUUUUUUUCUAGUAGAACCCAUCCUCCCAUGUUAGAAUGCCAAAGCCAUAUACACAGGGUGGUUGUUCAUACCUUCAAUAAAGCUGUUGUCUGAGCAUC